AUGUCGCGCCUCAUUGACAGACUCCCCCAGCCGGAGAAGAUCUUGGAGAAGAAACUCAUCGUCUUGAGUAAAAGCCGCACGGGCACCUUCUCCAUGUACCAAUGCUUCCAGAUGCUCGGGUAUAAGCCGUACCACAUGUACGAGUGCGUGAUGAGCGGAUCCACUCACUUGAACUUGUUGAACGAAGCUCUGCGAAACAAGUACUUGGGCGAAGGUAAGCCUUACGACAGGGCCGACUUUGACAAGUGGCUGGCCAACUAUGAUGCCAUUGUCGAGAUUCCUUCCUACUUUGUUGAAGAAUUUAUCGAAUAUUAUCCCGAUGCCAAGUUCAUUCUCACCGAGCGCGACUUGGCUGCAUGGGACAAGUCCCUGUCGCACUUGGUGAACACGGUCACCAAGGCCACCCACAGCUUCCCCCUGAACGUGGUUUACCAGAUUGAUAGCCACAUUGCCAGCUUCACGGACGUGAACGAUACAUUUUGGCAGGUUAUUUUCCAUGGUCGAGGACCCAGAGCGGGCAUGCCUCUGGCACAGGCCGACUACGUGAGAGAGUUGCUGGACGUCAAGCUAGAAGACGGCUUUGGAUGGGAGCAGAUUUGCCCAUUCCUAGGUGUUCCUAUCCCCAAGGAAAAGUAUCCUCGUGGCAACGCUCCGGCCGAGUUCGACAAGCUGCUUGGGGGUUUUAUCGGUGACCGCAUGGCGGCCACGGCAUACAAAGUUAUCGGCUCAGUGCUUGUCCCUGCGAUGGCUAUUGAAUCGGCGCGCACAUAUCUCGCCUUUCACCACAAUGCCAAGCUGUACCGCCUAACGACGUCCGUCAUCUCGACGCGCCCGUUUGCGGCCCUCGAGGAGGCCAAUCGGCAGCUGUUCAAGGACGGCAGCGACGAGGACCACGUCGUCGUCACCGCCGAGACCAUCUUCCACCCGCAAGGCGGCGGCCAGCCCUCGGACCAGGGCACCAUGACCGCCGUGCCGUCCCCCGGCUCCUCCGGCUCCCAAUCCACACCCGUCUCCUCCGCCGCGUCCUUUGCGGUCCGCGCCGUGCGCAUCGACGCCGUCCACGACGGCCAGGUGCUGCACCUCGGCCGCUUCACCUCCCCCCCCGCCCUCUCCUCCUUCCAGCCCCCCACCGCCGCCGUCGAGCAGGCCAUCGACGUCGACAGGCGCCUCUACCACUCGCGCCUGCACACCGCCGGCCACGUCCUCGGCGCCGCCGUCCGGCACCUCGUCGGCGACUCCGUCCCGGGCUUCGACGAGCUCAAGGCCUCGCACUUCCCCGACAGCGCCGGCUGCGAGUUCCGCGGCGCCAUCGACGGCGCCUGGAAGCCCGCCAUCCAGGCCCGCGUCGACGAGUACGUCGCCGCCGCCAUGCCCGUCGAGGUUGACUUUUGGGACGCCGACGAGUUCCGCGCGGCGGGGCUGGGGCGGCUGAUCCCGGACGAGAGCUUCCUGGCGCCGGGGGAGACCAAGUUUCGCGUGGUCAAGAUUGUAGGCGCGGAGGUGUAUCCGUGUGGCGGGACGCACGUGGACACGACGGACCUGUGUGGCGAGACGACGGUGCGCAAGAUUGCGAGGAGUAAGGGUGUGAGUCGCGUGAGCUACACGGUGAAGCCUUGA